AUGUCGCACUUCUUCUACUUGACUCCACAAAUCGUUCUGCCCUUUAGCCCUCUCAGCUCUCGAGAGUUCGAUCUGAUCAGACGCAAGGCUGGAGCGUCUUGGCAGAAGGAAACGAGGUGGUCAGACUCUUCCACGACAACAUACACAGGCAGUUACCGGAAAAAACAACUGGAUGAGUCCGCCAGGAGCCGAUUUUCUUUUAAAGCAGGACGGCAUCGGCCUGAGUGUAACCAGAUAUCAUCACCAAAUUCUGCCUUCAGUCCCACGGUCUGCGGAGCUGGCUCCCGGGAGACUGCAGAUGCGAAGAGACUAUUUCCUCAAAUAACCAGUUCUUUUAAGAAUGCACCUGAUGUCAAACACAGUGUGGUCCACCAAAUUCUGUUUGGUGAUUUUUCUACAGCAUCUCCAAAUUAUGAAAAACCAUGUAUGAGAAUUAAAAAGCCAGUAUCUAAGAACCUGAUCAACUACAAUCAACUAAGGAAAGACUUUCUGAAGCAUCUGCACGCACCGGGUGACUCCGCAAGCCCGGCCGGCUCGUCGGAAGACUCAGAAGGUGACCAGCGCUCCGCUUGUGGUCUGGGACGACCGUCACCGUCACUUAGCUGA